CACCAUCACUCGCAUUCGUGAUUCCAGCAAUCAAGAAGGUGCCUUCACGAACACAAGACAAGAUCACAGGUUACUUGAAAAUUUCCAUGCUCAGCUUGCUCUGCCGCUGGUGAUCGGUCGCUGACACGAGCGUGACGCUUUGCACGCAUACAGUCCGCCCAGCAAGAUGCCGAAGUCGGGACCGCCAUCGAACAAGCGAGCGGUGCGAUUCGAUGGCUUGUCGCCUGUCUAGCACCCAACUCUGUUCAGAGAAGAUGGCUGUGCUUGCUCCAAUGCUGACAUUGCCUUCCUUCGCCCUCACCUGCUCACCUUUGCUUGCACGCUCGCAGCGCUUCGCAGGAGCGCGCCCUCGCUCUGCGAGCACCCUCUCCACGCAGUCCGGAUCCACCACUCACUCCCGCGCACCUCACCUUUCCGCCCAAUCAGCAUCAGACCAAACAGUCAGCAGCUCUCACCACGCUCAUAACCCCUCGCCUGAGGAACGCUUCUCGGUAGAUGCAGAGAGCGAGGUGGAGCCAGUGCCAACUUUGGCGCUGUUCACCUCCAAACAUCAAGUGGGCGCUGCAUUCUUUGACGCUCCUCAGCGCGCUCUGCUGCUACUUCAAGAUACUGCCGAGGCCGGACUAGAGGUCGACUACGGCUGCACUGCGCCCUUUGAUGCGCUCGAAGACAAUUCGAUGGAUUCGACUGGAGGAUCGAGCCGGAGCGUGGAUGCUCCACAAGAGAAGAUGGUGGAUACUACCAGUCUGCUCGUGGAGCAGCUGCGCCCUCAGCGCGUCCUCGUCGCGCCAAGUUGCUCAGUGACAUGUAUGGACACUCUCAAAGCAGCAUUGCGCGAGCAAGGUGGUACGCUGGAACUGGUCGACAAGAAGAAUUUCAAUUUUAAUGCUGGCAAGAGUCGACUGGCUGGUUUGAGCCUGCCCUUGAUCGAAUCGACCGGCUCUGCUGUCACGCAACUGCAUGACUCGGCGAUCUCGCUGCGGCUGAGCAGCAUGAUCAACGUGGACCAUAUGACCCUCUCUAUCAUGGCUGCUGAGGCCCUAUUGAAGCACCUUUCCUCCGAGAGUUUCUCUGCAGGAGGUGAUCUCGACGAUCGAGUACCAGUUACGAGCAUCGAGCUGCUCAGUCUGGAUCACUGUCUCUCCAUUGAUGGAGACUCUCGCCUGGCUCUGAGCGUCUUUCAAGAAGAGCAGCACGCCACCCUCCACAGCGACCGCGGCAAGGAGGGGUUGAGCCUGUUUUCUUUGCUCAAUCAGACAAAGACCGCUAACGGGCAUCACGUUCUUCGUCGAUGGCUUAUGCUGCCGAGCUGCGAUCUGAACUUGCUCAGCAUGCGCCACGACGCGGUCGAAUGCCUCUCGAUGUCCAGGAACGUGGAAGCGGUCGCAUCAAUCUCUAGAGCUCUGAGAAGCGUCAAAGCUGUGCCUAAGCUGGUCCUGCGCUUGCGGAAAGGGACAGCGGCCGUUCAACAUUUUCGCAGCGUCGUGAAGUACUGCAAGGCCCUUCUCGAAGUUCAAGACAGUCUGCGAUCGCUUGAGGCUGCCGCGAGCGUCCAUGUGAUCUUGAAGGCCGACACAGCGAUUGACGCGCGUGUUCUCAAAAGAGUCAUCAACAACGUAGAGAGCAUCAUUGAUUGGGAGGAAAGUGCCACCGAGCGUCGAUGCUGUGUCAACCGCGGCAUCGACGAUCAGCUCGACGAGUGGAAAGACCAGUUCCAAAGUCUGCCCAGGCUACUCUCUCAGGUCGCAACACAACUUCGUGACGAUAGUCCGCCGGUCUUGGGGUCACGUCUGAGCGUGGUAUACUUUCCCCAGAUGGGAUACUUGGUCGCCUUGUCCACCGCGGAUGGGGACGCGGUCGAUCUUCCUGCGGUAGCUGCAUCAGUGGGAUGGCUCUUCGAAUUCACGAGCGAGAUUGCUAGCUACUGGCGCAACGAGACGACCGAAGAACUCAAUGCGCACGUUGGAGAUAUCAGCACCUUCAUAGUCGAUAGAGAGAUCGAACUGGUGCAUCAGCUUCAAGAGGACAUCAGCAGCCAUGCGGCCCUUCUCGUACAUGCGCACACCGUCUGUUGCGAGCUGGAUUGCUUGAUGUCUCUCGCAGCUUGCGCUUCACUUUACGGGUAUGUACGUCCCACAUUGGACACAUCGCUAGUGUUGGACAUCCAAGAUGGUCGACAUCCGCUACAAGAACUUUGCGUCGAGACAUUCGUACCGAACGAUAUCGCCAUUGUCGGCGGCCUGGGAGAGGGUGCAAAUGACACCGAAGACGACCAUAGCCUCGUCGUUCUCACCGGAGCGAAUGCGGGCGGCAAGUCCGUUUACCUGAAGCAGAACGCGGUCAUCGUAAUCCUGGCCCAAAUCGGUAGCUUCGUACCGGCGAGCUCUGCUCACAUUGGGCUGGUUGACAAGAUCUUGACACGCGUACAGGCUCGCGAGUCCGUCGGUCGUCAUGUCAGCAGUUUCACGGCCGACAUGCUGCAGGUCAGCCGCGUGCUCCGUCAAGCCACAGCCAAGUCGUUGGUCUUGCUAGAUGAGAUGGGAAAAGGAACGGUUGCAGCUGACGGCGCCGCUCUGUUUGCCGCCACCUGCUGGGAGCUCUUGAGCCGAGGUUCGGAGUGCCCUCGCAGCCUCGCAAUAACGCACUUUCAUGACGUAUUCGCGAAGAACCUCCUGCCAACCACUCUGCCAUUCCGUAAGGCGUGCAUGCAGACCAUGUCUGCUGAAGGUCAGGAAGGAGGGAACGUCACCUUCCUAUACAAGGUCGCAUCGGGCGAAGCCCUCGACUCGCAAGUCGCUUCUUGUGCGCGUGCAGCCGGGCUGCCGCCUCGUCUCGUGGAUCGAGCAAGAUAUGUCGCUGAGCUUGCAGCAGCGAGCGAUCUUGACAGACUUUUGCUGGAUGAGGAGGAGCUAUUGGAAGCGCACGAUGACGCGAGUGUAAGCUCGCUGACUUCCUCGGCGCGCGGAAAAUUUCCUGCGGCUGCAUUGCGAGAAGGGAUGGUCAAACGUCGCGCGGAAGCAGAUCGAGCGGAAGAGAUUGCUAGGAAGUUCUUGGAAUGGGACCUCGAGGCCGAGUGCGCUGCUAGCAAAAAGGAAGAUGUCGACCGCACCAGGGUCCUGAGCAGGCUGAGCACGAUUCUCGGCGAAAGGAAUGCGGAGUGAGGGUGCUCGCAGGAGAGACUAUGGACAUCACGACUGGGAUAUCGACACCACCCUGAUUGUGCGAGGGCGUGCGGAUGUCUCUUGUAGACACUCGCGAGAAUGCAUGCCUGAAG